AUAAUACUUUACAAAUUUUUAAGACGCAUUCACUUUGACGUCAAAUAAUGUUAUUGUGUAAAACAAUAAAUGUCAAACUGGGAAUAUGACUGCUUAAAGGCAGUAACAUUGUAUUUCACACUGUAGUUUAAAAAAUAACAUACCGACACAAAUACUAAUAGUGUCUAAUUGUAAUGGUAGAAAUAUAUUUAUAUGUAACUGAAAAGAUGCUAACAUCGCACGAGAAAACUGAUAUUUUCCUCUGAUCAGCGGACCAAUCAAAAAAGAGCUAGUGGUUACAGACGGGACAGCUAACCAAUCAAUGUAAUAUUUUUUUUAGAAGUAGGCGUUUCAUGCAUCGCGAGUAGGAUAAUGUUAUAUAUACCCAGCUGUGGGUUUUUUUCCCUCCAUAUCACUGUAGUCAAGACAGGAUGAGGAGAAGGACAACAUAAACACUAAAUGGCUGCGAACUUUUGGGGCAUUUUGGUCAGUAUUUUGACUCUUUAACGUGUCGCGUCAGUACUGUUUUUCAUAUGGCAGCAGUUGCGGCAAGCUAUAAAGUUUUAACUUCGGCGCAGUCGUACUAGCUAGGUUGGAAGUUGAGUUCUUUUUUUGGGGAGGGUUGUAAAGAAAAACAUGAGGACGAAGGAGAAGCGUUUUGAAGGCGUCACGUCACACGUAGUGGGACUGACUGGGUGACUCCUUGAGUGGAAGACGGCCGUGUUGAGAGGUGUUGUUGUCCGGCUGCGAGUGGAGCUGCGGUGUGACCCGCGGAGGGAGCACAAACCCUACAACUGAACCCACUUGUGGAGACCAACAUUCGGAGUGUGACGUGAGGACGACCGGUGACGUCGCUACGGAUACGUCAGUGCACGUGUGACUAUGGUGGAGAGUCGGACCCAUGUCCAGAGGGAGGGGGUGUACCGCUGGUUCUCCUCCCUAACUUCUGCCCAGAGAGUGGAGUUCCUGUGUGGCCUGCUGGACCUCUGUGUCCCCAUCGAGCUUCGCUUCCUCGGUUCUUGUCUGGAAGACCUUGCCCGGAAGGAUUACCAUUCCCUACGGGAUGCGGAAAUCAAAGCCAACAACCCCACUGACCUGUCCGGACUCACCAACAUCACAGACGAGGUGGUGCGCAGUAAGCUAUUAGUUUCCCUGGCCCUGCUCGGAUCUGACAACAGGGAAGCGGCGGGGGUCCUGUACCAAAUGUUGACACAUAUCGAUACAGUGAUCAAUAACUACGGCCUCACCCUGAAUGACGGAAGGACCGAGGAGCAGUUUCUGUUGCUUUUCACCAUGGCAUCGAACCACCCGGCUUUCAGCUUCCACCAGAAACAAGUGCUGAGGCAGCAGCUCAGUCAGAUCCAUGACAUCCUGCAGGUGAGCAAUGGAGGCGCAGGCGUAGAGGGUGAAGGAGCAGGCAAAUAUGGCGAUCAAGUUGCUAUCUCUUACGCUCAGCCGCAGCACCACUAUGCCCAGCAAAGCGUGUCUGUACCUGGUGUGGCCUCUUUGUCUCCCUCUGACUGCUCUCUUCCUGAUGCAAGUGCCGCCUGCGUGCCGGCGUCUGCAGCCCCACUGUGCCAUACACCCUGCACCUGCUGGCACAAGAGCCAAACCAGAUUGGCUGGUACAGGCUCAGUGCUUGGAUCAGAGUUGACAACCGGGAGAGGAGAUGAAGCGGUCAGCCAGGAACUCAGCCCUCCUCCCCUGGAUCUCCCACUUCCUCAUCUUCCUCCUCCUGCUGCUGCUGCUGUUGCUGCUCCACCACCCGUUGGGCCAGGCCACGAUGCUGCGGCACCAACCAAAAGCAUUCAGGACUACCAGGGGAAGAGAGGAACAGUGGUAAUUGAAAGAGUUGCAUUGCGAGGGGUGACACACAAGUUUGAAGACACAAGUGAUUAUAUGUUUGAGGCCAGCUGGUCUGAUGGCUUUGUGUCAUCCGUUGUCCGAAGUCAACAAGAGGUGACGGAGCUUCUUUCACAGUUGUCACAGGCUUUUCCCAAUGAACGAAUGGACAAGUUCUUGCCUCACUCUGUUGAAUCGGAUGCCAGAUGUCUGACAGCGUUGCCCUGCCAUGUCCUCCAGCACCACAGUGUCCAGCUCUUCUUCACCUCCACCAGGCCUCUCUCACCCAACUGUCUGUCCGCCCUCCCUUCCCCGCUCCCCAACAUGCCUUCCUCCCCUUCCAUGGCUCCUGUUGUCCCAAACUGCCCCUUCACAUCCAGCCAUAACGGUUGUGUCAUGCAGUACAGAGGAGCCAACAGGGCGGUGUACAGAGUGGCCAGCGUACAGCCGGUCGUCAGCACCCACAAUUCUGUCAUGGCCCGUUCUUCUCUCCCUUUGUCCCGUCCUCCUCCACAGCAUUCCCCCCAGCUGUGCUCCCUUGCUCCCCCUAUGCCAGCCCUGCAAACACAGCCCUUCCUUGCUGGCAGAGGCGACGCUUCCUCCCAACCGCACCCUCAAAGCAAACCCUGUCAUUCACUUCCAGAGCACACAUAUUCCGAUUCCCAGCAGUCCUCGUUACAUCUUCAGCUGCAAACCAGCAGUCAUGCCAGUACACAACCUCAGCACCCAUCUCAUUCCCAGUCCCUCUCAUAUACCCAUUCCCAAUCACGUUCCCAGUCCCAUGCACAGUCUCCAUCCCAGUCCCAGGUUAAUACUCCAGAGCAGAAUGGCAUUUUAGACUGGCUGCGCAAGCUUCGCCUCCAUAAAUAUUAUCCAGUAUUCAAACAGCUGACAAUGGAAGAGGUGGGUGGAAACUCAGACGCAAUUCAAUUCAAUUUUAAACUACUCACGUCUUCUCAACCUAUGCAGUUUUUAGCACUCACAGAGGAGGACCUGAACAAGUACGACUUAACCCAGGGAGCAAAGAAGAAACUCAAGACACAACUGGAGUUGCAGAAGUCUGCAGACAGGGAGAUGAAGAUGGAGAAACGGACCUGCAGUGGCAUCGCCAGAGUGACACCUUCUAGUCACAUGGGAACCUCAAUGCACACCUCGACUGCCGAGCUGCGGGUGGAAGUGGACACCGUGCUGCACCAUCACCCCGUCCACACAGAUAGCAACUCAUCCUCAGGCUAUUCCAGCUCCUCUUGUUCCCCCCAAACACCUCUCUGCUGUGACUCCACUGUGGACAGAAGCAGAGAUAUUCACAGGCGUGGUUCGGCCCAAGAAGCAGUCGGAGGAGGUCAUGAAAAAGACCGUUCGUGCAUUUUUAUCCUAAACUCACACUGCCCCACAGGCUCCAGUCGCCCCACGGCCCAGGUCCUUCCCGUCCAAACCGAUACAACUCCCCCCGUUCCUCCAUCCAGCUCAUCCCACCUCCCGUUCACGCUCCCUCACUACCACCCUCAAGGCAGCUACCCUCAAAGCCCACUCUUCUCAAACCCAGCACGUAUCCUAUCGUCCCCACGAAAGCCCAGGCCGCCCUCUCUGUGCAUGGAGGACAGGACUAAAGUGUUGGGCUCGGGUCUGACUGGUACCAGCGUGGGCUUCAGUGUGGGCAUGGGCAUGAGGCUGGAGAAUCUGUUCCCCAGGCUCAAAGUGGACGGCUCCUCCACCCACCAUGACUCUGCAGGGUGCGUUGGUCUGACAGGAGCCGGCGUGGGUAUGAUGGUGGAGACCAGCUGUGCUUUGACCUCCACCUCCAACAGCCUCCAUCAUGUUUCCCAACCCCCCCUCCACUUUCACCUAUCCUCCUCUUCAUCCUCAUCUCCAUCCAUGUACUACUCCUACCCACCUAUUGCAUCUUCCACACCUUCUUUUUCGACAUAUACCUCUUCCUGCCCCCCCGCAAAGUCCAUGCCCCAAUCUGCUAGCUCCAGUGGUGGAAGUGUGUUUGUUUCCAUGGCAACUGCAAGCACUGUCCCGAUUGCCGCAGUGCCCGGCCACAUAUACUACCCUGCUCAAUCUAGCCCCAGCCUCUCCACCUCCUCCGGCACGUCGUUAGAACACAGCCCAAGCCACGCCCACUGUGUUUGCAGCUCGUGUGGGUGUCGAGGGAACUGCGGGGCCUAUGGCACUUUGUCCGGGUAUGGUCCCACGGCCGGAUACCUGCAGCCCUUCACAGCCAAUUCCAUCUUCACUCUGGGUCCUCUGCUCCAUUUCAGUCCGUUGAUGGCCUCGUCCGGCACCACUGGCACUCGCGCGUCGCCCUUAUCCUACCCGACGAUCGCACCGCCUCCCCUCUAUUGCCAGAGCCCUGUGUCACAUGACCAGCAUAAAAGCUUUGGCUUCUACCAGCCCCAUGGCAUUGUGGGACAUGGGAGCCAGAAGCGGCUAACAGGGAACCUUUCUUGUUACAACUGUGGCGCAAACGGGCACAGAGCGGACGACUGCAAACAGCCGCCCAUGGAUUCUUCACAGCAAGGGACUUUUCGACUCAAGUACACUCCACACUCUGACAGUAAAGACUCCGGGGACUAGCCAGCGGAAACACCAGUGGAUUUGGAAACAAAUCAUUUUCUUCUGAAGCGCACCGGCUGCCUUUCAAGCACCAUUUUGUUUCUUUUAUUUUCUGUAACGCUCAAGUCGCAGUCGACUCAACAAAUAAUGAGCAUCUGCAGUGAAACAAUCAAACUCCACACCAGGGAAAAUGGCCAUUGGAAAGUGGAAGCUACACACGGUUACAUCACUCUUACAUCCCUACUCAAUCACGGGUCUUUUUAAACAUACAUUAUAUACAGUAUUUUUCUAUUCAGUUGUCCACAUAUCACUUUUAAAGCUGUUCAUAUUUUUGGCUGCCUUAAUAAUCAAGUGUGAUAUUCAGGAGUAAGUUCGUAAUCAAUGCAUCGUUCAUGCUUGUCUUUCUUACCAGUGACUUUCUUCAGGUUUCGGACAUCUACAGCGGACCUGGUGGUUUAGGGUUUGUCAUGUCUGCUUUUCCGUUUGCUUAUGUUCAUCAUUGAUGCAGCUGAAAGACAAAAACAGACUUUUUAUAGUUUACACAGGAGAAAGAUGACUUCAGUUUCUGGGCAGGACCCAGAGAACCGUUGGCACAGGGACCCCUGGAGGGUGGAAAACAAGAAUGUGCCAUCUUUAUUUAAAAUGUUUAGUACUGAACACUUUUUGUCGAGAGGGAUGUGAAAAAGUGUUUGCUCCAUUCCUGAUUUCUUGCAUAUACGUAUUUGUUACACUUACAUGUUUCAAAUCAGGAAACAAAUGUAACGAUUAAAAGAAUGACAACACUACUGAACGUUUUAUUAUUAAGGGAGAAAAAAGGGUUUUCCAACACGAACCGCCUUUUUCAAGUCAAGAGGAUUCAGAUUUAGUCCAGAUUUGGACUAGUUUUUGGUAUGGUAUAUAUAUUUUUGGAUCAUUGUCCUGCUGAAUUCACGAACAGACUGUCGGACAUUUUUUUAGUAGACAGCAGAAUUCAUGUUUCCAUUAAUCACAGCAAGUCAUCCAGGUCCUGAAACAGCACAACAUCCUCAGACCAUCACACUACCACCACCAUAUUUUACUGUUGGUUUGAUGUUCUUUUUCUGAAAUGCUGUAUUUAUUUACUCACACAGAGCCAUGUAGCUUUUGAAUUAUUUUCCCCCUUAAUAAUAAAACACUUAAAAUUGCAUUUUUAUCUGAUGAUCUGAAAUAUUUAAGUGUGACAAACAUGCAAAAAAACAAAACAAAACUAAGAAAUCAGGAAAGGGUGCAAACACUUUUUCAUACCACUGCAUGUACAUCAUGAAACGAGUCAUUUUUUUUGAUUGUACAAAAGCAUGCCGACAUUUUAUGUGUCGAUUUGUGUUUGUUUUGUUGUCGUCAGCUGGAAGUAUGACAUUGUAGCAUCGCGACACCGCAUGCUAACAUGAUUCACACUACAUGCAUAUGUAUGUUGCUUCCAUUUUUUCAUAAAAGAAGUGCUUUAAAAAUAUUUCUACACCGGUAUUUUAAUACCAAAUACACUUUGAGGGAAAAUUCAUUUGUAUAAUAAAGUAUUUUUCUAUUUCCAAAUGUUUGACAGAGUCACGUAACAAUGCUUUUUGUUUUGUCAGUCUGUCAAUUAUGUGGGGCUCACUCGGUGUGACGUCACACAAUGAAAACCAAGUUAAGUUUUAUUCCGUGUGAAACUAACAAAAUUAGAAUACACCCUCACAUUUAGCAAGCAGAUAUGAUUUAGGGUAGUCAAUGUACAGCUUUAUUUACUAUUUUCUGACAACAAUAGCUGAUAAGUGAAUGCACCUCACAGUCAACAUGUACAAAGUGUUUGUGACUUACCCGGGAUUUCUGAAGUUUUUGGAGGUUUGACUCACUGCAGAACUCCACAGUAUUAUUCCACAAAGUCAACAUAAUGGUCAAAUUUAAUCAAAAGUAUUUUUUCAGCUUUACGUGUUAAAGGUAAUCCAUUAAGAUAUCAUUUGG